UUAAAGAGAAAAAAAAAAAAAAAAAAAUGUUCGCGAUACGACGAGCCCUUCUCCUCCGCCGCUUCCCUCCUCCUCUUCCCCGAACCCUAAUCUCCUCCCUCGAUCUCGAUCCGACCCCUAGGGUUUCCUCCCUUCUCCGCACCUUCUCCUCCUCCGGCGGCGGCGGCGGCGAGGAGGGGGACAAGGCCGGCGACUCAUGGUCCAGUGACUGGGGUGGAUCCGAUGAGCCACGAUCCGGAGGUGAGGUGCUCCCCGGGUUCGACUGGGGCGAGGCCUCCUCCUGGUCCACGGGGCUCACCAAGGACCACUUCGACGGCGCCGCCGUAGGCCGCCAAGUCGCCCCCGGGAGCGCCCCGCCGCCGCCGCCGCCGCCGACGACGACGACGACGACCUCCGCGGAGAUGGCGGAGGCGCGGGCCAUGGACGAGGAGGAGGAGAUCCUGCGGAUGCUGGAGAAGGACAACAAGGAGAGCAAGGCGUUCGUGGACGGGUGGGGGGAUCGGAUGAUGGAGACGUACCAGCUCCUGAAGCAGGUGAGGGAGCCCGGGGCGCGGGGGGCCUACUUGAAGGACUCCGAGAAGGCGGAGAUGUACCGGCUCCACAAGGAGAACCCGGAGGUGUACUCGGUGGAGCGGCUCGCCAAGGACUUCCGCGUGAUGCGGCAGCGCGUCCACGCCAUCCUCUGGCUCAAGGAGAUGGAGGAGGAGGAGGAGAAGAAGCUCGGCAGGCCCCUCGAUGACUCCGUCGAGAUCCUCCUCGAUAACUUCCCUGAAUUCUUCAACUCGCAUGAUAGGGAAUUCCACGUGGCAUCUCUUCCAUACAAGCCCGACUUCAAGGUCAUGCCAGAGGGUUGGGAUGGCACCACAAGAGAUCCUGAUGAGGUACUCUAUGAGAUCUCUAUGAAGGAAGACCAGAUGCUGUAUGAAGAAUUUGUUCAGCGCUUGAACUUCAACAAGAAGAAAGUUGCUGGAGAGGUGAAAUGCCACAAGUACAGCAGGAGGCGACCGGACGACGGAUGGAGCUUUACAGUCGAGAAGCUGGGCCCCGGAGGGAAGCGCGGGGGCGGCGGCGGCUGGAAGUUUGUGAGCUUGCCCGAUGGAUCGAGUCGCCCGUUGAACGAUAUGGAGAAGAUGUACGUGAAGAGAGAAACUCCCAAACGACGAAGGCGAAUUAUCGCUCCUUUCAAGUGAGAGAACCUAUCAAACGCCUAAUCUGGUUGAGACCACCAGUCUUUCUUUCUUCGAUCGCGCAUGCCUUGUAAAAUAGAUUUGAUUUCAUCGCAUGUUUUAAGGCAUUUCGACUUCUUGUCUGUUGUCGGCUGAUUUGAAAGUUGUAUGUGGAAGUUUUGAGUGUAGGAUACUAACCAACCUUCAUGUUAUAACUUCAUUAAAAAUGUCCUCAAAAAGGAUCAGAAAUAAGCUGCAGCUGAAGAAGCAAGGAACUCCUUGCUUAACCGCCUUGCGGA